CUACUUUAAUGCUAGCUAAGAUGGUGGUUUGAGCGUAAAUUGUCUCUACAAUACCAAGAAAAGAAAGGCGCAAAACAUCUUUAUAGCCUUUUCGUUACAAUAGAAUUACACACUUACGGUUAUUUUAACAGGCCGUUUAUAGUAAUUUUGACAUUUUAGAUACAUUGGCUCGCAGUCCCCGCCCAAUUUGGUGUGACUCCCUUGGAGUGGAAUUCUAAGCUAAAUACGGACAGGUCUGGCUUUGCCGUUUACUUCGCCCACUGGCAGUGGUGUUGUCACGAAGAAACCAGACAGCCCUGUGCUGUGUAACGAGCUUCAACACUCAACCUCGCCGUGCCAUAGGAUGUCCCACAGCCCUGAAUUGAAGGACGACCCCAUGGAGUGCCCACUGUGCAUGGAGCCGCUGGAGAUUGAUGAUGUCAACUUCUUCCCCUGUACCUGUGGCUACCAGAUUUGCCGUUUCUGUUGGCAUCGCAUUCGCACAGACGAGAACGGCCUCUGUCCUGCCUGCAGAAAGCCAUACCCUGAGGACCCAGCUGUGUACAAGCCUCUGUCACAGGAGGAGAUCCAAAGGAUAAAGAAUGAAAAGAAGCAGAAACAGAACGAGAAGAAGCAGAAGGUGACAGAAAAUCGGAAGCAUCUGGCUAGUGUCAGAGUGGUCCAAAGAAACCUGGUUUUUGUUGUGGGGCUCUCUCAGCGACUUGCCGACCCUGAGGUCCUAAAACGACCAGAAUAUUUUGGCAGAUUUGGGAAAAUUCAUAAAGUGGUGAUCAACAAUAGCACAUCUUAUGCAGGUUCACAGGGGCCUAGUGCCAGUGCCUAUGUCACUUACAUUCGCUCUGAAGAUGCUCUAAGAGCAAUACAGUGUGUGAACAAUGUGGUUGUUGACGGCAGAACACUCAAGGCUUCUUUAGGCACAACAAAGUACUGCAGUUACUUUCUUAAAAGUAUGCAGUGUCCCAAACCUGAAUGUAUGUAUCUACAUGAGCUGGGGGAUGAAGCAGCUAGCUUUACUAAGGAGGAGAUGCAGGCAGGGAAACAUCAAGAAUACGAGCAGAAACUCCUCCAAGAUCUCUGUAAAAUUAACCCUAGCUUUCUACAACCACCAACAUGUGGAACAGAGAAGUCAAAGAGUAAAUCCAGCUCCACACAGAGCAGAACAAACAACAGCAAUGGUAAAGAUGGGUGGCCUACACUGUCGGGGCAUAACAAACUGGCAAAUGGGCUUUCAGAAGACCGCAAGUCCCCACCGCUGCUAGACUAUCUAGACCAAGAAGUUACAUCAGAUGGGCUAGAUCCAGAGUUAGGUCCGGGCCAGCACACUGCCCUGUCACCCUUUUCAUCUAACUGUGAUAGCAACAGUCCUAGUGACAAACCCCCAGAGUCGAUUGGUAUAGUGAAUGGAGAGACCUUACAACAGAUACCCACCAGUGACUCCCCCUCUCCUCCCCCAGGCUUAACUAAACCCAGCCUGGUGGUGCCCAUCAGCGUUUCAGACCUUACAGCCCGUUCGCCCUUCGAGGGUGCGGCAGCUGAGUCGCAGUCACUUUUUUCAGACAACAGUAACUUCAGACAUCCUAACCCACUCCCCGCAGGCUUACCCCCAUUCCCCAGCUCCCCUCGCGGCAGCUCUGACUGGCCCAUGACCCCUGAACCACAGAGUCUCUUUACAUCAGAGACAAUACCAGUGUCUUCUUCCACAGACUGGCAGGCAGCCUUUGGCUUCGGGUCAUCAAGCAAACAGCAGGACGACGACCUAGGCUUCGAUCCUUUCGACGUCACCCGCAAAGCAUUGGCUGACCUAAUAGAGAAGGAGCUGUCAGUCCAGGAUCAGAACGCCUCAUCCCCAGGUCCCCUGGCCCAGGGGAGCAGCCAUGGUGUCGGCCUGCCGCCCCCCAACCCUAACCCCAGUGCCUCUCAUCACUUCCCCAGUGGCCUGCCACGCCUCCCCCAGCUCCACCACAGAGCCAUCUACAGCUCCUUCAGUUUCCCCGGCAGUCAGAACAACCAGGCCAGUCAGCAGCAGUCAGCCACCAGACACCCCUGGAUGGGCGUCCCCAUACGAAAUAACCUCACACACUUGAACCACUCAGCCACUGCUGCCUCACACAGUAAUUUCCUGGACCUGAAUCUGCCCCCUCAGCACAACACAGGGCUGGGAGGGAUCCCCAUCUCAGAAAACAGUGGCUCUAUAGACGGCUUAAAUGUGAAAGAGUGGCAGGACGGUCUGAGAGCUCUCCUGCCAAACAUCAAUAUCAACUUUGGGGGUCUCCCAAACUCCUCUUCCUCUUCAUCCUCCUCAUCCUCCAAUAGUGUUAAUCACAUCGGUGGGCCGGUGGGGCCAGCAGGCAUUUCACACAGUCUUAGCUGGGACAGCACAGCCAGCUGGAUGGAUCCUGCUAUCAUCACAGGUACAAAGACUAAGUGCAUCCCAGCCACGGCAGGCAGCAGUAUAGACUGUCUCCAGGACGACAACCCACCACACUGGCUCAAGUCCUUGCAGACGCUAACAGACAUGGAUGGCCCAGCAAGCUCGUCAGUUCCCCCUCCCCAGCCCCUCCACAGCGGCCUCCUGGACGCCCACCUCCCACUCCACCACAGAGCCGCCGCCGGCUGGGCUCCCUACCUGCCCCCUCUCACAGCCAACCCUUCCAGCCAGUUUCACUCCCCUCCCCCAGGAUUCCAGACCGCCUUCAGACCCCCAGGACAGCCUGCCACAGAGCUGCUACAGAGUGCCGCUGUGGAUCGCCACUGAACACAGACUACAACAGACACCCAUCCUUUCCCCCACUACAACAUUAUACCCACUCAUCCUGUAUCCCACUGCCCUGACCACCCACCCUACCCCAAUGCAAUACACAUCAAUCUGCAGAGUAUGAAAAAUUAUUAACAAAGUAACAACCAUGCUUUCUUCUUUUUCUCUUUCCUCCUUUUUUGUCGACUCCGAAGGCCUUUUUGUUUUCAUUUGUUGCACACAAGUUAUCUGUACCCUUUGUCUGCUGCCAUCACAACUCCUUAGACUGACUUCUGGGCAUAACGCAGAUGAUUUAUGGUGUGGCUUAUUGUUAAUGGAGAGCACAAGAACCAGAAUAGAAUCAAGUGCCCAGUAAUGACACAAGUCAUGGCUCCACAAACCACAAACAAAUUAGAUAAAGUGAGGUCUUUUUUUAAAAAAGUAACCGAUUAAGCAUGAAAAGCAUUUGUGUUUUUGAAAGUUAAAGUCACGAUUCGUUUUCAAGGAAUGAAGCAAGCUGUGAAUCUGCUCGUGAAGCUUUGCCCCAAAGACCCUCAUCUUUCCCACUUUAACAGGAGACUGUGAAACGGUUAACCCUUACAGCUAAUUUGUGAAGAACACAAGGUGAGAGAAAAGGGGUGUCGCUUAGCUUUUUACAGAGUGGGUUUGAAAUAAUUGGGGAAGGAAGCUGUGAUUGGAGUGAAUGCAGAUGACACCGGGGAUUUGAGGGCACAGGCUAUGCAUGGGCUCUCUGUUAGGUAGAGACACAAAUGGCCUGUUUAGGAGGCCACUUGGCCCCCAUUCCCUUUAGCGGAGGGCUCCCACUGGCCCGGUACUGCUGCAGGGAAAAUUUUGCUAAACCUCUGUAUCAGAGGAUAGAGCACUGCCUAACCGCAGGGAGCCAGGGCUUUGGGAAAUCGUGGCACACAUCCUGAGCACUAGGGUUAGACUCUUAAUCACAGUGCCACUGUGUGGUACCGACAGUAGCUAGCCCUAACAUGGACAGCCACAGUAGACAGGACAAUGACUAAAUGGAAGAAGAUACGUGAGGGGCGCUAAAGGGUUAAAAGAUCCCUUUGGUCGACCCACGAGGGCUUAAUUGAGGCCUUAAACUGAACCGAAGACAGGAAGAAAGGCGAGUCAAACAUCAAUGAUUGCUGAAAAGUAUGCAAUAUUGUGUGCUUGACUUCAGCAAUGGCAUGAGUGUCAUAAAGGAAAGCGCUGCAAGACGAGUACUGUAGUAGUGAUUCACGGAGCACUCAGCCUUUAGGAUUUGAGAUCAACCUCUCUGACCACCGCCUUUUUCUUUUUGAAGUCUUAAUUCUGAUCUGUGUUUGCGCUGUCUCUCUCUCACCAUCCCUCCUCUCUCCCUCCUGCUCUUCCCUGUUUAACAGUAUUCACAAAAAUGAACAAACUCAUCCAGGAGAAACCAACACAGUCAUACAAUGGGUUUUAACAUAAUGUUGCAAGAAGAAAAAAUAAAUUGAGGCGCUUAAAAGGAAGUGAACUGCCCUCUGCAGGUCUGAAAAAAUGAACCUUAAAUAAAACUGAAAACUCA